AUGGAAUUGCUUGAGAAAGACCAUGCGAAGGAAGUUGCGGAGCUCGAGGCUAAAGUCAGGAACAAAAGGUGCAAGACCGAGAAGUUGGAUGACCUAGAAGGACCUCAAGAGUCAACCUCUCAGGGUUUGAUGGAAGAAAAGUUAGAUGUGGGGAACAACGGUACUUUGCAGGAUUUAAGGCUCGGUAAUGAUGAAAUUGUUCGAUUACGCGGCACGGACAUGAAAAAUUUGUUACGUCAUAAAAAGCUUUACUUAGUUCUUGAUUUAGACCACACGCUCCUUAAUUCUACUCAAAUCAAUCACCUAACAGCUGAGGAAGAAUAUUUGAAGAGCCAAUCUGAUUCUCUUCAAGAUGUUUCAAAAGGCAGCCUGUUCAUGUUGGAAUUUAUGCAUAUGAUGACCAAAUUGAGGCCUUUUGUUCGUACAUUUCUCAAAGAAGCAAGUGAGAUUUUUGAGAUGUACAUUUAUACAAUGGGUGAUCGACCCUAUGCAUUAGAAAUGGCUAAAUUGCUUGAUCCAGAAAAAGAGUACUUCAAUGGCCGAGUGAUUUCACGAGACGAUGGCACCCAGAAACAUCAAAAGGGUCUUGAUGUGGUACUAGGGCAAGAGAGUGCUGCCGUGAUCCUUGACGAUACAGAAAAUGCAUGGCCGAAUCAGAAAGACAAUCUGAUAUUGAUGGAGAGAUAUCAUUUCUUUGCUUCGAGUUGUCGCCAAUUCGGCUUCGAUUGCAAGUCUCUUUCUCAGUUGAAGAGUGACGAAAGUGAGCCCGAUGGAGCACUUGCUUCCAUUCUUAAAAUACUUCGACGAAUCCACCAUUUUUUCUUCUAUGAACUUGAUUCCGAUCUUGCUAGACGAGAUGUGAGGCAGGCCCUGAAAACAGUUCGUGCGGAAGCAUUGAAGGAUUGCAAAAUUGUUUUCAGCCGUGUUUUCCCCAUGAAAUUCCAGCCAGAGAAUCAUCAUCUAUGGAUAAUGGCAGAACAGUUAGGAGGUACAUGUUCGACCGAAACUGAUUCUUCAGUAACACACGUCGUUUCAAUGGAUGCUGGAACACAAAAGUCCCGUUGGGCUGUGAAAGAGAACAAGUUUUUGGUCCAUCCGCGAUGGAUAGAAGCUACAAAUUUCUUUUGGCAGAAACAACCCGAAGAAAACUUUCCAGUUAGCCAAACAAAGAAUCAAUGACCAUUAAUUCAUUAAUGUAGUGUUUUCAUCUUAACAGUCUUUGGUAGUUUAAAUUAGUUCUCUGAUUACCCAGGACUCGAAAUUCGAUUUUCAAACUUGGUUCGAGCUUUAUUUUUAAAAAGUGAUUCAAGAUAAGAAUUCAAUCGUUCAAGUUAUUUCAAUUGUUUACUUGGUAAAAGGAAA